UUUAAGCGUCUGGCAACAGUUGGAAUUCCUAGUUGCUGUUUUGUUUUUAUCAUUUUUAUCUUUUCUAAUAACCAGCUAGCUUUUAUAGCGGCCUCCUUUACCGUUUAAUAUAAAUUUUCUACAUUGAAAUUAUUUUUCUUUUUAGAAAACUAAUCGAAAUUUAAAAACUCUGAAUUAUUUAAAUAUUCGAAUUAUAUUUAUUCUUCAUUAGAACUUUGACCUCUAGACGAAUCAUGAAGACCCGUAUCGGUAAUUAAACAAAGAAUUGUGAAACGAAUUUUAUAAUUGCAUCAGUAUUAAUUGCGUGACUAGUUUGUAAGAGUCAUCAAAAUGGAGGCCUUAAUACCUGUAAUGAACAAACUGCACGAUGUUUUUAAUACCGUUGGCACUGAUUCUAUACAAUUACCUCAAAUCGUAGUUGUCGGCACUCAAAGUUCCGGUAAAAGCUCAGUUCUUGAAAGCUUGGUUGGUAAAGAUUUCUUACCGAGAGGUGCUGGUAUUGUUACAAGGCGGCCUUUAAUUCUUCAGUUAGUUUAUGCCCCUAAAGGUGAUACUACUUGUCGUUCAGCCGAAGAAGGUACGUUGAAUCUUGAAGAAUGGGGCAAGUUUUUGCAUACUAAGAACAAAAUUUAUUCUAAUUUUGAUGACAUUCGAAAAGAAAUUGAAAGUGAGACUGAUAGAAUGAGUGGAUCCAACAAGGGGAUUUGUCAGGAGCCAAUUAACUUAAAGAUUUACUCACCUAGGGUUGUUAACUUGACUCUCGUUGAUCUCCCUGGAAUUACGAAAGUACCUGUUGGUGACCAGCCUGAAAAUAUUGAACUCCAAAUUCGUGAAUUGAUCAUCCAGCACAUAAGUAAUCCAAAUGCCAUCAUAUUAGCAGUUCAUCCUGCUAACACUGAUUUUGCUACAUCAGAGUCGUUGAAGUUGGCGAGAGAACGUGACCCUGAUGGUAGAAGAACGUUAGCAGUUAUCACUAAACUGGAUCUCAUGGAUGCAGGUACUGAUGCAGUGGAUGUGCUGUGUGGGCGAGUUAUUCCUGUUAAACUCGGAAUAAUAGGAGUAGUCAAUCGAUCUCAACAGGAUAUUAUUAAUAAUAAAAGCAUCACCGAUGCUAUUAAAGAUGAGGCUUCAUACCUCCAACGAAAAUACCCUACAUUAGCUAAUAGAAAUGGUACCGCAUUCUUAGCAAAGACUCUGAAUAGACUUCUGAUGCAUCAUAUACGAGAUUGCCUGCCUGAUCUCAAAACUAGAGUCAAUGUCAUGAUUUCUCAAUUUCAAUCCAUGUUGCACUCCUACGGAGAAGCUGUUGAGGACCAAGGCCAAACUUUGUUGCAAAUCAUUACAAAGUUUGCAUCUUCUUAUUGCUCGACCGUGGAAGGUACUGCUCGUAACAUCGAGACCUCUGAACUGUGUGGCGGUGCUAGAAUUUGCUACAUUUUCCACGAAACAUUUGGCCGAACCUUGAACGAAAUCCAUCCUUUGGGAGGACUCUCUACGUAUGAUAUCCUUACUGCCAUUAGAAAUGCUACUGGUACGAGGCCGGCCUUAUUUGUUCCUGAAGUAUCAUUUGAGUUGCUAGUGAAGCGCCAAAUCCGACGUCUUGAAGACCCCAGUCUCCGUUGCGUAGAAUUGGUGCACGAAGAAAUGCAACGAAUCAUUCAGCACUGUGGUACAGAGGUCCAACAGGAAAUAAUUCGCUUUCCAAAGCUGCACGAGAAGAUCGUCGAUGUAGUCACUCAGCUUCUCAGAAGGAGGUUGCCAGCUACAAACUCCAUGGUUGAGAAUCUCGUUGCCAUUGAACUAGCCUAUAUCAACACUAAGCAUCCAGAUUUUCACCACGAUGCUGCUCUCGUCGACACUCUAGUCAAACAUUCAGAUGAAAAGAGUUCUAAUAUUAAUAAGGCUAUGGAACCUAAAAUAAUAAAUAAUCCUCAGUUAAAGUUCCAUAAUAAUCCAGAUGGUCCCGCAGAGAAAAUUGACAACAAGUUGAUAAGUUCCAGGAAGAUAACGCAGUAUGCCGAGUCAACGUUACACUCAUCUAGUAAACUAAGUGGAAGUGAUUCAAACUUGCUUCUUCAAGGUUAUGCCACGGCUGGUACCUGGACGGACCAACUGAAGUAUGGUAACAAGGAAAAUACCGGAGCGACAGAAAAGACAACCAACAUGGAAAGGAAUGCCUCCCCCGGUAUUCCGUUCAGUCCUGUAAAAGCGGUAAAUCUUCUCCCCGAGGUUCCCAACAACACCCAUCGACAAUUAUCGCCCAAGGAGAAAAAAGAUUGUGAAGUUAUUGAGAGACUAAUUUAUUCUUAUUUUAUGAUUGUGCGCAAAAAUAUUCAAGAUGCUGUUCCGAAAGCCAUCAUGCACUUUCUCGUUAACUUUGUGAGAGACAAUCUUCAAAGUGAAUUGGUUACUCAUCUUUACAAGCACGAUCAUUUCACAACUUUAUUGCAGGAGUCUGAUCACAUUGCUGUCCGCAGACAAGAAACGGCUGACAUGCUGAAAGCACUCCAAAGGGCCAACCAAAUUAUAGGUGAAAUUAGAGAGACACACAUGUGGUAGUGAAUGCUUCGACUUCUCAUAGACUUAAGAAUUGUAGAUUCAAGUUUUGGUUACAUUUUUAGACAUUCCCUAAUUGUUGUUUCUCCCUCUGCAAAUGUCUAGAUUGUUCUGAAUAAGUUUUAUCUUAUUUAUGUUUUCUGUAUUCUCAAAUUGCAUGUUUAAAAUGUUGUUGUACUGGCAUUGUCUGCACAAAUGUUGCCAUUUUUUGGCAUUGAAAAAUAAAUAUAGAAAUAUGCUGUUGCUUCUCAAA